CUUAACAUAAGAAGAAGAGCAGAAAGGUUUUGCGAGAAGGAGCUGAAACAUUUACACUGGAGAGAAGGAACUGUGACACUUGCACACCCACAGCAGCUCAGAAAGCCAGCAAGAAGAACAGAAAACUUUUCAAAAUUGCUUCUUGCCCUGCACAGUAUGGAAUUGCUGGGGGCACAGAAGGAGGAAGGUCAGAUGGCUCAAAAGAAGGCUAAGACCACUGUAGACUCCUCCUCUCUCUUUGAUAAUAGCGACACUGAUAAGACUGAAGAAAAGCUCCGUAAGAUGUGUGCUGGCCUACAGUCCAUUGAUAAUGAAAACCCGGUACGCAAGCUCCCCCGUAAAGAUCAUAUCAGCUUGUCAAGUUGCUCUUGUUUAGCCGUCCGGAAAAAUGUACCCUCAAGUCUGGAAGAAGUAAGUCAGAUAACAGCAAAGCUCCGUAUUAUUGAUGAAAACCCCUAUGAAGAGACCACACGUAAACCAGCACUGAGGAGUAGAGGUGCUACAGCUCCUGCUGUAGAACAGGGAGCAGAGAAAGAAAUGAGUGGCCACUCAGAGGGCCCUGAAGCCUGCUGGGAUCCUGUCAUCUGUAAACUGUGCCCCUUGAAGUUUUUUCCAGUUUGUAUCAGGCCUGAGAUUAUUUCAGAUCAUCAGAGCAGCUGCAAAAUCUACAGGUUUCACUCCACUGGCCUUUACUUCUUUCAAUGCCAUUAUACUAAUCUCAUAUUUGAGAUGAGGGCAGCUGGAACCCUAACAUACCACUUUGAUUCAUGGGCUAAGCACCUGGAUGGACAGAACGCAGGGCAGCUGCUGGUUGCUGGACCUUUGCUCAACAUCCACACGGAUCCAGAAGAGGCUGUGACAGCAGUUCACUUUCCUCACUUCCUUUGUCUUGCAGGUAAAAGCAGCUCCCGAGUCCACAUCGCACAUUUUACAAAGGAGGGAAUGUGUCUAGAAAAGCCAGACAAAGUAAACCCAUUCCAUGCUAUGUGGAGGAACCCCAGAUUCUCUCCCUGUGGAGUUGUCUGCAGGAAGCCAUGGUUUAAGCGAAAAAUCAAAGUUCAUGCUGUGGCACUGCUCUUUCAAAAGCUUCAUGUUCCAUCUAUGACACUCCACCUGUAUCUCCUUCCGAAUGACCCUUCUCUAAAACAGGCUGUACAAGACCAUGAAGCAACAUUCCCUUCGCAGAGAGUGAUGAAACCUGCUGGGACUUUCGAGCCUCUGACUCUUGGCUCUUACUUCUUUGUGGAAAAUCUAGAUAACAUUGCAGUUUGUCCCACGGAAUUACCACUUAGAUACCUGCAUGCAGAAAUGGAACAACAGUACCUUGAAUUGUAUGCUGAGCACAUGCAAAACGUCCUGAACCUUAUCCUGACAGAAAAGAAGAAGAAGAAGAAAGUCUGGAUGACCCAUGUGAGACCAGAAGACCUGAAUUCUACUAGUUUGCAUCCAGAACAAGGUGCAAGGAGCUCUGUACAGAUGGGUGAACCGUCUACUGCUGCUCUCCCUGGAAGAAGCAGGAUGCAUUUCAUUGACCGUCACCGGGAACAGCUGAUCUUGAAAACCACCAAUGUGGAAGCAGUCCUGGAUAUGCUGUAUGGCUUCAUCUUGGAUGAUGAGCAGUACCAAAAGAUCUCCUCAAGUGGAACCAAUCCUGAAAAAAUGAGGGAACUCUACAAGCUUGUGCCAAGCUGGAAUGAUUCUUGCAAGGAUCAGCUUUACAAGGCUCUGAAGGCCAAGAACAGGUUCCUUAUAGAUGACCUUGAAGGAAGGUGAAGCCAUAAGGAAGACAGAGAGUUGCCAUGGACAAGCCAACUCUGCCAACAACUCUGUUGUUCUUUGCUUUGGCCUAGCACACAUUUGACUCAAAGCACAGGGCCUAGAAAGCAGCAUUUGUAUCUGCUCACAUUCUUCCAUUGCCUUACAUGCUGUGUCCACCAGUACAACCGCAGUGCUAAGUGAAAGGCUCAAACAUGGCUUAGGAUCUGUUUUCAACAAGAAGGCAGAGUUAUGGAAUACGUGAGUAAUAACAAAGCAAAAUGCCCCUCACCAUGCUUGCUGUCUAUAAUGGUCUGCAACUUCAGAAUUUCCAGGGCAGCUGUAAUAGCUCCCAGGUAGGAUUCAGCAACAGCAUCUCUCUUAAAAAAAACCCUCCAGGAUCAUCAGUCUUGAAGAUGUUUAUAGAGAUGGUAUGGAACAUUUUGAACCUGAGAGAUAAAUCUGGUAUUGCCAGUGGGUCUGAGGGUCUCACUUGUAUCAUGAGGUGGGGGAAAGCACCCAACACUUGAGUUAGUGGGAGAUGUGCACAUGAACACAACUUCCUUGAGAGGUGCAACCCUCUAUGUUUGCUCCAAGAAUUAUUACAAUUAAAAUUAUCACGGGUAUAGAAAGUCGAGUCUUGCUGAAUAAGAAUCAGCAUGGCUUCUGCAAAUGUAAAUUCUGUCUCAUGAAACUUUUGGAAAUCUUUGGGAGUUUAGACAAGCAUGUGGAUAGGAGUGAUUUGAUAAACACUGUUUACUUGGACUUUCAAAAGACUUUUGACAAAGUCCCUCACUAAAAACUUCUGAGUGUCAGCAUCCAGGGUACUGGGGGCUGACUGGCAGACUGAAGAACCAGGACCCGGGGAACUGGGUACAGCAGACAGGUCAGACCACAAGCACAGUCAGAGUCAGGGGUCGCAACACUAGACACAGUCCAUUCAAAAAGAAAGCACAGUCAGACAAGCCAGGUGUCAGGAAACCAGGAAGACGAGCCAAAGGGAGCAGAUACCUUGAGGGCUGGAGCAAGGCACAAGACUCCACAAACCAGGAGCACUUCAGCAAGUCAAGAAGACCUCCACUACUGAGGCAGCUUCUGGGCAAAAGAGCCAGUUCUUAUACAGCUCUUCUCCCAGGGCUCCCAGGUGGAGCUCAUGAUAGCCCUGGCAGCUGCAGUAGACCGGAGUAGUGAUCUUGUAACUAUCAGGGCCACUGCGCUCAUACUUGACCAGCAGAGGGAGCCCUGAAGCUGCCUCAGGUCCUGACACUGAGCAAGCUUUGCACUCAUAGGAUAAGAUUUGUUUUAUAGAUAGGCAACAGGCUGAAAAAGAGAAAUUGGAAAAUAGAAAUAAAUAGGUAGUUUUCACUAUGGAGAGAUUUAAACAGCAAAGCCUUCUAAAUACACAUUCUUUUUUUUUAAAGUUUUCAACUAUCCAUGAACUUGAGCUAGAGAUAAGAUAAGCAAGUUUGUUGAUGACACAAAAAUCUUCAGAGUGAUUAAAAGAAAAAGAAUAUAUUCCUCCUCUGGUCUCUUGUCUUUCAUUAAAAGCUAAUGUCUCUUAAUUUUACCCACCCACAAGUACAAAAUUAGUAGGCAUAAAAUAAUGUACAAACAUUCUUAUUAGCUUAUUGCCAUAUGAUCAAGAGCUUGACAGUCUAGGUCAGGGGUCGGCAACCUUUAAAACUCAAAGAGCCAUUUGGACCUGUUUC